AUGCGCCCUGCUGCUAGUCCGUCCUCUGGGGCGCGCCCUGGCGGCUUUCAGCAGCAGACGAGCGACAGGAUUGCACACAGGGCGUGCCUCUCGCAGCGGUCAAAGCGGCGAGCAUCGCCGGUGCUGGCAGCGGCGGCGACGGGCAUAGAGGCGGUGGGCGGCGUGCGCCCCGAGAUUGACGCCGCCGUCCUGCAGGCCCUCGGCCAGUGCCUCACCGACACAGACCUUGGCAUGGGCAAGAAGUACAAGGGCAAGGUGCGGGACACAUACGACCUGGGCGACAAGCUGGUCAUCGUGACCACCGACCGGCAGAGCGCGUUUGACCGCCUGCUGGCCGCCAUCCCCUUCAAGGGCCAGGUGCUCAACCAGACCUCGGCCUGGUGGAUGCAGCAGACGCAGCACAUCGUGAAGAACGCGCUGCUGUCGGUGCCUGACGCCAAUGCAUGCAUCAUGAAGAAGUGCGGCGUGUUCCCGGUGGAGUUUGUGUGCCGCGGGUUCAUGACGGGCAGCACCGACACCUCGCUAUGGACUCACUACAAGAACGGGGCGCGAGAGUACUGCGGCAACACCUUCCCUGACGGCAUGCGCAAGAAUGAGCGGCUGGCGCAGAACGUCAUCACCCCCACCACCAAAGCAGAGGACCACGACGAGCCCAUCAGCCCCGCAGACAUUGUGAGGCAGGGGCUCAUGUCGCAGGAGGAUUGGGAUGCGGUGAGCACCGCGGCGCUGCAGCUGUUUGCGUUUGGGCAGCAGCAGGCGGCCCAGCGCGGGCUGCUGCUGGUCGACACCAAGUAUGAGUUUGGAAAGGACGAGGCGGGCAACAUCCUGCUGAUUGACGAGAUCCACACACCCGACAGCAGCCGCUACUGGCUGGCUGACACGUACGAGCAGCGGCAUGCCCAGGGCGAGGAGCCCCAGAACAUCGACAAGGAGUUCCUGCGCCUCUGGUUCCGAGCCAACUGCGACCCAUACAACGACGCGGUGCUGCCCGAGGCGCCAGCGGAGCUGCGGUGCGAGCUGUCCAGGCGGUACGUGCUGCUGUACGAGAAGAUCACGGGGCAGCAGUUCCAGCCAGCCCCGCUGGACGAGGAGCCGGCGCAGCGCAUGCGCCGCAGCGUGGCGGCGGCGCUGGAGGCGCUGUGA